GUUGGUCGUCAAGGCGGUGUUGUGCUUUACUCAUUCCCAUAUUGUUCAAGAAAUAUGUGAGACUAUGAUUGAGAAGGGCAUUUUUUCCUGUCCAAUAUGCAUGGAACAGAAGCAAUCAGAUCUGACAUUGACCCUAUCCAGCUGUGGGUGCACGUUUUGCAAAUCCGUAAGUCAACUUGUUUCCGGUUUUCUCUCCACUCACUCAUCUUUUCGCAUCAAUUUUUUCUCCAAGUUAGGAAUAACACUUGUGGCUUACAUACUUGUUACGUCACCCACCCUCUGAGAAACAAGUGGAAGCAUAGCACACCUGUUCGUGCUACAAUGCGGCAGAAAAACUCUGCCAACGUAUUACAUAACCGGUGUUAGUCGAUUUUGGACGAUCAGUCUAUUCACACCCUCAUGCACUUUGAUUCGACCCAAAGCUUCCUAAACCUCUGGUGUUUCCAUUUUAAAGUGCGCUAUGGAAUGUAUCGUCAGCUAUAUUUCGACGUUGCUAGCCGAGCAGCUGGCUACUGCAUUCCCCUGUCCCAGCUAUCAGUGUGGAGCUCAUGGAUCAAUAACAGAUGCGGAGCUGGAACAAAUAUUGCCUCCCGCUGUGUACAAACGGUAUCUCGAUCAACUUUCCGUCCAAGCCAUUCGAAACAAUCCUACUUUGACGUUCUGCCCCGCUGUUGAUUGUGGUGCGGUCUGCAAAAUUCGCGUUCCAUCGGAAACGGAAACCUUACUCGGAGUGGAACGCCCACGAACUACCCUGAACAACGUUGUGCACCGCCUCUGGUCCCGUUGUUGCUACUCCAUGCGACAUGCAAGGGUUGCUGAACCUGGGUUAUCUGUCACUGUGAUAUCUCGCGAUGUUGACAAAACCUUUUCUGAUUACGUUUCAGGGAACUUCGCCGGGUCACCAACUCCUUCGCCGGCAUCACCUCCAUUGGACCAUCAACUGCUAUCGCCCAAGUCACCACCUUCUGUACGCGUUUCCUGUUCAUCCUGUGGCCAUGUAUUUUGUAGCCGUUGCCACUUGCCUUGGCAUGAGAACGGACCGACGUGGUGCCAACCGGAUUCCCAGCGACGGCGCGCACGUUCCAGUAGGACAUUGAGCAAGAGGACUCCCUCCCCUGCGUCACACCGCAGAGGUUCACUUGAUCAUGCCUCGACCUCACAUCGGCUUAUAACACGCAGAUCCGAACGCAUGCGAACCGGCAAGCGAUCGAGUGGAGGCAAACUGGGUGCCCUGUCUGCAAAGAUGAGUGACUCUGCCCUGGUCGAUUUGUCUGUGUUCGCCGUUGGGUUUCCCCCCUAUCCUCCGGACGCCUGGUUAAAGCGGUGCCCUGCCUGCCUCGUUCCAAUCGAACGUGUUGACGGCUGUGCUCAAAUGAUGUGUCGUUCUUGCAGACACACUUUUUGUUGGCACUGCCUCGCCUCAUUGGACAACGACUUUCUGCUGCAUCACUACGAUGUCGGCGCUUGCAAGGGCAAGCUGGGUCACUCACGGGCCUCUGUCCUCGGACAUCGAGUUUAUGUUGUCAGUGUUCUCACCGGUUUGACCCUACUGUUCCUGGUUACCGCCCCAUUUGUCGUCAUCUCCCUACCGUGCAUCUUCUGUGCCAAGUGCCACUAUCUUUAUCGGAGGUAUCGCCUUCGCCAGCGUCACUCCAGUGGGCAUAUAAGGCCGCAGGAAGUUCUGGUUUCCGAGGAUUGCGGACUCAAAAAGGCUGCUGAACUGGAUUCCCUCACUGCGGCUCACGACUGCUUGGUCACCAGUUCCACCCCUGAUAAUUCCGCGGAUUUGGCCGCUACUUCUUCUGGCGCCUUUGUCUUAGCUGAGACUGCUGACAUCCACUGGUGCUCACUGCCGACGGCCGGCACCCCACUGGAGCCUCCGACGAAGCCAGAUUCUGUCUCCUCCGACCUUGAUGCCACUUAGUCUCUUAUGCGCUUUCGUGUCUGUACACGCACACCAUCUUUUCUGUGAUUACCUCACUCGAUCUAGAUAUUUUCUACUGUUAUUUACCUUUUCUUAUCCUCGUUCUUUGUUGUCGUUAUUUGUUGCAACUUCUCAUCCACGGCCCUUAGCGCCGCUUGCAUUUUUCUCGCACUUUGAGCUUCUUAGCUGAAAUCUUAUUUUGCCGCUGAGUUGUUCAAGUUACUCCGAAAUAUUAUAUAUUCCACCGCGGAGUUGCUACAUCUUUCUACCAUUCAGAUAGAACUUAUUCCGCGCUAUCCACCAUGACUCAACGUGUCCUUUCUUUCUCCCCUGCAAGCCAUUUCUUUCCUCUGUAGUCGAACUCCUGCUUAUGUUUGUUUUGGUUUAUAACUGCGGCUCAAUUUCGAAUUGUUACUGCUUUUACACUGACUUCCCAACUCGCCUUCUGGAUGAUAGUGUUACUCUACUUGCAUGUCACCACCACAGAGCCAUCUUAAUAGACAUUGCAUCAUCA